CAUUAUAUGUAUUAGUCAUAUGUAACAAUAAUAGCAAUAAUUAUAGUUAUGUUUGUUAUUGCAACAUAGUAUCUUUUGCAAUAAUUAGUUGCAAAACAGUCGUUUGAAAGGAUAUAUUAUAGUAUAUAUUUAAUAGAAGACAUAAAAGAUGUCUCAAAAUAAGGAAGAAGAUGAUGUAGGUCCAGAAUCUAUAGAGGAGGCAGGAAUACUGGAAGCAGAUGUGGGAGCACAUUUUGACCAACAAUUGGCGGGUAUAGACCCGAAGUUGAAGAUCAACAUGGACCCCCAAGCUCAUCGUGACCUGAGACCGGAAAUGAUGUUUAUACGGGAGGAACUCCGUCAGGCAAAAUGGCAGACAUUGGCUGUUCGUCGAGCGGCGCUAAAGAAACUUCUCAUCAGAGAUUUCUUGGAAGAGGACUGCGAGUUGAAAAAUUUAGGACUGUCAUACGCUCCACCCGAUCCGUAAACUUAGCUAUUGCAAUAUAUUGUUGAACGAAA